GUUUAUGGUGGGUAUCAUACAGAGAGCGGUGUAGGGAAUUUCUCGUUAAAAAAGAAAGUUAUGUUCAUGAUAUAUUCAACCUAAUCGCUACAUCGUAACGCCAAUUACAAUGUUUAACUAUGUCAACUGUGUACCGAGAAUAUAUCCUCUGCUGUGAGGGAGUUUGUCACCACCUGUUAACGUUACCUUCUGUAAAUGAGUACCGGCCGGUUCACAGCUUCCAAAAGAAGCGAAUUCAAAGCUCCAGUUUGCCGGAGAAAUGAGCACUCGAGGGCCCACAAGGUCCUCGCCGAGAGGAACCAGGCCGUGGUGGCUGUGGGAGCCUGGGUUGAGGAGGGACAAGACUUCCCGGAGCAUCCGUCUGCUCUUGCUUUGCUGACUGAGGAGAUCCAGGAAGAAAAGAGGAGGGUGAGAGAGGAGAGGCUCCGACGGUUUCAGGAUGAAGUACGCCACCGUGUGGCACAGACAGCUCAAAUCAUCAAGAAGAGGGAGCAACCUCAGGCAUACUCAGGGGAGUAUCAAUCCUGGAACCAGCAUGUAACUGCAGGUGAAAAGCUGAAGCCUGCAGGAGGUGCUGUACAACAGAGGGUGAAGGAGAGGAGCUCUCAGGAGCCUGUUGAAGGCAUGAGGCAGGUCCGACUCAGACUGGCCGCCUGUCGGAUGGACCAGCAUGAGGAAAUGACGUCAGACCUUCCUGGAGGCGAAUGGAACUUCUCUCCCUCCAGACAUAGAUCUCACGUGUUUAAUGCAGACCAGGAAGUUGAAGAAAAAGAGGAGGAGGAGGAGGAGGAGGAUGACCUAGAAGAUGAGGAAGAGGGAGAUGAUCAUAUCAUCACCAGUCAGCACAUAUUCCCCCUCGUUCAGCAGAAGGUGAGAGGACAUGUAUUGAUGGAUUCAGACAAAUCACAGCCUCAUCCCGGAUUCCAGACCAGCCUCAGAGUCCCACAAGUCCUGUGGCCUCUGCCUGACCAAGAAGAACAGAAGAGACAGCGUCAGUCUCAGUUCCUGAUGCACCGUCGUCUGUACAUGAACAUUGAGCGAGAGCAAGUGAAGGAGAACAAACAGCACAGGAAACACCUGAAGAGGACAGCAAGGAUCAAAGCAGAGAAAGAACAGAUUCGUCUGGAGGAGGAGAGACGAUUAGAGAGAGCUCGACAGCUUGCAGAGGCCAAACAGAGGCUGGAGGAGAGAGAGCUGCUGAUACUGGAGAGACUGAGGCUCGAGGAGGAAGAGAGAGCUGUGGAGCUGCAGAGCAGGAGGAGGAGGAGAGAGGAGAAAGGGAAAACAGAAGCGAGGUUCAUUGAGGCUCUGAAAGCUCGGAUGAAAGAACGUCUGUCUCAGGAGAAGCUAGACCUCCCUCCUCUCUGCUGCUGUGCGUCCUCUUUCUGGGACUCCCACCCCGACACCUGCGCUAACAACUGUGUCUUCCACAACAAUCCCAAAGAAUAUGCCAAGGCCUUACAUUCAACAAUGUUGAGUUUGGAUUUAAGGUGAAUGAAGCUGAUCAACUGCAGUGGACAGUGCCAGGUAGAAAUGGGACACUUGCCGUCUGUUUGAGUUAUCAAACUCAGUCAAAUAAAAAGUUGAUGUUACAACAAGAAUAUUUAAAUCCUCAAAACUGAAAUGCCUCAAUGAUAGAAAAACUAUCACAUGAAACAUGACACACUUUUUUUUUUCCACAAAUGCACUCCUGAAAUUGUCUACAGGACAGGCUGCCCCUGAAAUCAGCUUCCCACUGUGGGUUUCCUGUUCACAUGCACCUCAUAGUGGGAGAAUUUCCCUGUUUGAUCGAGGGGGUUGUUGUUAUAUCAAGGAUACAUGCAAUUGUAUUCACAGUAUCAAGGAAAGUGUUGAAAGGAAAUAGUGGUUUCACUACGUGCACUACGACAGUUAUUGGUUAUGUGAAACAACACCGUCCCCUCCACCCCCAUUCCCAUUCACUGUCAAUAUUCCUGACUUUCAGCUUCUGCGUUCACACAUAGGCUCACCCCGACCACAAGAGGGUGCUGGCAGCAAAAAUUCUGGGUAAUUUGGGGUAAAAAAAAAACCCUACAUGCAUCCCACCCUCAAAAUUUCUGAAAUGUGUUUUUACACAGGUUUUCAUACUGAUGAGUCCAUAUGACAUAUGUGAUCUCUCACUUCUCUAACUGUGUAACGCUGCCCACAAGUCCAAGUGUUCACUUGUCUUUCAACUAAAUAGAUCUGUGCACACAUUUCUAAAGACAUUUAUUUGUUUUUUAUUUUCCUCAUGACUUCAGUGAACCCCGAUCAUACUCCCCCACCCCCAGCCUGAGUUACACUUUUUGUGGUAAACAUGGAAAAAUAUAUACUUUCUAAAAAUCAACAUUUUAAACGUUAUGUUAUCACUGAAGCUUGUUAGCUUGCUGAUGUUAGCUUCAACCUCAGAUACCUAUUGUGCCUCUUACAGCUUAGCUAACAGACUGU